CAUCCCACUCCCUCCACAGGCUGCGUCUCGCGAUGGCCGUGCAGUCAACUAUGAGGCCGUCCAACGAACGCGUCGCCCAGCUCGUCGCUGCCUACGUGAAGCACCGGCCCCUCGUUCAACGCGGGCUCACCGCUACGUUCGUAAUCUAUGCUAUAUCCACCACCUACAAGAGUCUGUCUGCGCGCCCACCCUCAACGUCUUCUGCAUCCUCGAAGCGGAGAGGGAAGGGCAAGGACGGUGAUGGUGCGGGCAAAGCGCCCAGAGUUGCAGUAGAUGCGCUUUUCUAUCAGAGGCUGUCGCGUAUAUUGCGUAUCGUGAUUCCCAGCCUUCGCUCUAAGGAGGCCAUGCUAUUAUGCAUGCACUCCAGUCUACUCAUUUUCCGGACCGUUAUCUCGCUCUAUGUCGCUGCGCUGGACGGAAAGAUUGUAGCGUCCUUAGUGCGCGCGCAGUUUGUCCCCUUUCUCUUCAAUAUCCUCCGCUGGUUGCUUGUCGCCAUACCAGCCACAUGGACUAACAGCUGGCUCGGUUAUGUCGAGAACAAGCUCGCCCUGGCCUACCGCACUCGACUGACGCGCGAGGUCAUGAAGCAGUACCUCGGCGAUGAGAGUGAUCCGACAGACCUUAAGACGUUUUACAAGCUAGCAAACUUGGACGACCGUGUCAAGAAUCCCGACCAAAUGAUCACUCACGAUAUUCAGCGAUUCUCAACACACUUGGCUGCUAUUUAUGCCAAUGUCGCGAAACCCGUGCUGGACGUCAUCCUGUACAAUUAUCAGCUGUCGCAGAAUGUCGGUGCUGAAAGUCUUCUCCUUCUGACUGUCCUCAUCCAGUCAUCCGCCGCGCUCCUCCGAGCCCUCACGCCUCCCUUCGGCCAGUACACCGCCAUAUCCGCCCAGCUUUCCGGGAACCUCCGUCACACCCACUCAAGAUUAGCCGAGUUCGCCGAAGAGAUUGCCUUCUUCGGAGGCGAGGAGACCGAAAAGAUGCUCAUCGAGCGUGAGUACGCGGGGCUUGUGAAGCACGAGAAUCGCGUGCUACGGAGACGAUGGUGGCAUGGAUGCUUCGAGGAAGGUAUCGUCAAGUGGCUGUGGGGAAGCUUUGGGCUAUGCAUCUGCGCCAUUCCCGUCUUCUUCAAGCUCCCAGGCGCAGCUCUGCUUGACAUGGGUGGCCGUACCGAAGGCUUCGUGACGAACAGGCGGCUUCUGCUCUCUGGGUCCGAUGCCGUCGGACGUGUCAUGUACUCGUACAAGGACCUUUCGGAGCUUGCGGGAUAUACUACGCGUGUCGCGCUUCUAUUGGAAACCAUGGAUGACGUGCGCAAGGGCAAAUUUGAGAAGGCACUUGUCAGCAGUGCGAGCAACGAGGAACAUGCGAAGAUCCUCAAAGGCCGCGGUGUCAUAUACGAGUCCGAGGAGAUUGAAUUCGAAAACGUCCCGAUCGUCACGCCGAAUGGCGAUAUUCUCGUCCGGAGCCUCAGCUUCUACGUUAAGCCAGGGCAACACUUGCUCAUCGUGGGCCCUAACGGCUGCGGCAAGUCUUCUCUGUUCCGCAUCCUGGGAGGUCUCUGGCCGGUGUACGGCGGUAUCGUGCGCAAGCCCCCAGCGGACCAGUUCAUCCUCAUCCCGCAGCGCCCCUAUCUCUCCCUCGGAACGCUUCGGGACCAAGUCAUUUACCCACACGGCGUCGAGGACAUGGAAGCUCGGGGCAUCACGGACGACGAUCUGCUCCAGAUCCUCGCGGUCGUGCAGAUGGAGCACAUCGUCGAGCGCGAGGGCGGUUGGGACGCGGCGCGCGAAUGGCGCGAGGCGUUGAGUGGGGGCGACCAGCAGAAGAUCGCGUGGGCGAGGCUGUUCUACCACAAACCGAAGUACGCCGUGCUUGACGAGGCGACUUCGCUCGUCCCUCCGGAUAUGGAGGGGAUGAUGAUGGAGCAUGCGACCCGCCUCGGUAUCACGCUCCUCACCGUGUCGCAUCGUCCGUCGCUGUGGAAGUACCACUCGAUGAUCCUGCAGUACGACGGUCAGGGCGGAUACGUUUUCACAAAGCUCGAUGCGGAGAAGCGACUUGCGCUGCAGCAGGAGAAGGAGGCGCUGGACUUGAAGCUGCUCGAGGUGCCCAAGAUGAAGGCACGGCUUGCGGAACUGCAGGAGAUCGCUGCGGAGCGAAACCGGGUUUAGAGCGCUCUUCUUGUAGGCUGCUCAAGUUUCUCGAGGGGUACCGUCUCAUCCGCGCGCACGACGUUGGCAAUCGGACUGUUGUAUAUUUGGAUGUAUUUCUUGUGCUUCGCCCUCCCAUGGAUGGGAUAGAUAGUACAUGCAUCGCGCCAUUGUGCUGACAUCGUCCGCAAGAUAUGGCACGAGACACGAGGGCGGCCCGCCGCGGACACGGAAGUAUUCCACCCUCUGUGGUGGCGUGUCUCUCUUGUAGUAUC